UUUUGAUUCUUCUGGGACCUGUUCAUCAGCCUCUGCGUUUCAGGCAAUGUUGAUUCUCUCCUGUCCUUCCAAGUUGCAGAUGCUGGAGGGGAUGCUGAAGAAGUGCCUCCCUCAAGCACUUGGGGUCCAUGGAACAGUAAUGAACAUAAACCGUGGGAACCCACUUGGUCAUGAGGUGAUUAUGGAUUCCUGGCCCAAUUUCAAAGCGGUCCUCACCCGGCCACACAGAAAGGUUGCCUCAGAUGAUGCAAAUUGCCAUGUCAAUACAUAUGCAGCAUUUUACCAUGAUCUUGAUGCGUAUCGAACUCUGGCGUUGGACACAGAUGCUAUCAAUUGGGCCCAAAGUUUACAAAUCCAAGGGAACCAGCAGGGUAUACUUCAAGUCUCCCAAGAAGCUGUCAGCAUCAAGAAUGCGCCACUGUCACCAAUACCCUACAUUACCUACCUGCAUCCUGAUCCAAAUAAAAUGCCUGAGUACCGGCUAGAUCCCGGCUUCACAGUGUCCACCCUGAAUGCCUCUCAUGUUGACCUGGUGAAUGAAACAUGGGCCUACGGAGGCAAUGAACAAAGUCGUAGGUACAUAGCCAGCCUGGUGCAGGCUUUCUUCAGUUUCUGCGUCCUGGAUCACAAUGGUCAGCUUAUCAGUUGGAAUAUGAUGGACCAUGCUGGGACUAUAGGAAUUGCCUACACCCUGCCCUCACACCGUGGGAAGCACUAUUUAGCUGUGAUAGGAAAGGCACUAAGCAUAAAAGCUCAUUCUGCUGGCUACCCUGUGUAUGGACAUGUUGCUUUAAGCAAUGUCCACAUGCAGAGGAUACAGGAGCAUCGAGGCUACCAGAAAUUAUCUGACUUGUGUCAUUAUUGUAUACAUGGUGAAAUAUAGGAGAGAAAGAGCAAAAGAAAACUUCUCUGUCAACCUGCCUGGCUCACAGCCACACAUACCCACCUACUAUAAAUCUACUUUCAUUAUGCAGGAUAGAGUAAUUCACUUUAAGGGUCAAUUCCUUUGGCUGUAAAGAUCACAGAUUCAUUCCGGGGCAGAAAGUUCCACUGCUGAACAGUUCUCACAGUCAGGAUGCUCUUCCUAAUGUUCAGGUGGAAUCUUUUUUCCUGUAGUUUGUGGGCACUAUUCCGCUUCCUAGUCUCCAGGGCAGCAGAGACCCUAUGACUUCCUUUCUAUAACUACCCCUCACAUUUUUAUACAUAGCCAUGGUGUCUCCUCUCUGCCUUCUCUUCUGCAAGCUAGACAUGCCCAACUCUUUCAGCCACUCCUCAUAGGGCUUGUUCUCCAGACCCUUGAUCAUUUUAGUCACCCUCCUCUGGACACAUUCCAGCUUGUAAACAUCUCCCUUCAAUUGCGGUGUCCAAAAUUAGGCACAAUAUUCCAGGUGUGGUCUCACCAAGACAUAAUAGAGGGGCAGCAUGACUUUCCUGGAUCUGGACACUAUAUUCCUACAGGCCAAAAUCCUGUUGGCUUUUUUAGUUGCCGCAUCACAUUGUUUAGGGAUAGCCAGGUUGCUUUGAAUGCAAUUUUCCUGCUUCUUGGCAGGGGUUUGGACUGGAUGGCCCAUGAGGUCUCUUCCACCUCUAUGAUUCUAUGAUUUUUGGCUAAUGUGUAUAUUGAUUUCAGAAACAGCUGAUCACAUUAUACUCCAAUAGAUCAUUCUUUCCAAAGCAUCUGACCCCACAUGAAUGUCUUGUAACUGUAUAUUAUUUUCAUAAGCAUACACUACCAUAUCUUUCCAUUCCAUGACCUCACCGAUUUAUAG